AAUGUGGCGCCAGAUAAAUAUGGAGGCAUGUCGAUUGCGAAAAAUACCAACAAUUAUAUACUACACCGUAUACAUUUGCACUAUCGUAUGCAAGAAAACAUCAGAAAUACCAACUACAGCGCCUAUCGAUUGCCUAUGUUGGUAACAGUAAAGAUAUUUUCAAAUUAUGGUCACACGCGCAAACAUACACGGCUCGCAAGUGGAAAAAUUAAAGUGGACAAAUAUUCAACAAGUUGCACAUUUAAUGCAAUUAAGAAGACGCAUUUGUUAAUUAUAAUUGCUGCGGCUGAAAAUCUUCACGGUUAAGCGUCAAAGGCAAGCCAGCAGAGUGAUGCCUAAAGUAGUGCAAAAUGAAACAGCUGCCCAUGCAGAAACCACACACCGGCCGCAAUAUUCAUAACAAAACUCACACAUACACUGACACAAAUCCAUAGAAAACAAACACAUACACACACCUACGCACAUUUGAGUCCAGUACUCGCAGAACGCACUGCAAACUGAGUGCAAUUCGAGCAUAAAUUCAAUUGAGAUUUAAUGAACAACUACUCUGCUAAAUGGCUGCGAAAGAAUCAUUUCGCGAAAGGCAAACUCAGGAAUUGGAGGUUAUAAAGUCAAUUUUCAGCACCGAUGUCGAGGACUUGAGACCACAAAGUGAUCCCACACAAUGGAAGCCCACCGACAUACGCAUCUUGUUGAGUCCCCUGCGGGACUCUUCAAAUGGGCUGCCACAAGCUUAUGUGUGCACCAAGUUGCACGUUACUUGCCCCUCCAAGUAUCCCAAGCUUGCUCCCAAAAUAAUGCUGGAGGAGUCGAAGGGCAUGUCGGAUCAGCUGCUGGAAUCGCUUCUCAAUCAGCUGCAGGAACAAUCUCAGCAGCUGCGUGGCGAAGUGAUGAUCUAUGAGCUUGCCCAGACAGUCCAAGCAUUUCUGCUGCAGCAUAACAAGCCGCCCAAGGGUUCGUUCUACGAUGAAAUGCUGCAGGCGAAACAAAAGCGUGAACAGGAGCAAUUGGAUAUGCAGAAGCAAAAAGAGACGCUGGAGCGACAGACGCUCAUUGAUGAGGUGGAGAGACGCAAAGAGAUUUUCAAAACAGAGGCCAAGCGACGUGGCGAACCAAGGCGCAGCAUGAGUGAGUCCAACAAUCGACAUCCCAGCUCUUCGGAGAGCUCGGAGAACUCGUCGCCGUAUUAUCGUGGACACACAUAUCCCAACAAGUGUCUGGAUCAUCGCAAUACGGAGACGCUCUACUUCCACAAAAUGGGCAGACAAAUCCAAAGAGGAUGUUGCUUAGGACACUCGCAGCGUGGUUGCAUCGCCUACUCCGGAGUGGAUAUGCACAGUGGACAGCUGCUCUACAUAACAGAGUGGAAUGUGAAAUAUGCACAGCUAGAGCAGCCUUGCAGUGGAGGCAAUGGCAAAUGCCAUUGGAGCGCAGAGCCCAAGUGUGCGGGCAAUCAUCGUGUGGAUGAACUGAUAGCGACCAUAGAGAAACAGGUGGCGACAUUGGCGCAACUGCAGCACAAGAAUCUAAUACAAUACGAAUGCGUGUUGUGCAUCAAACGCAAGGAAGGAUUGCUUGUCUAUCUGGUGCAGGAUUUCCUGCUAGGCACAAGUGUCUUCAGCAUCUCUUCGACGCUUGGUUGGUGCAUGGAUGGCGCACGCAUGGUGGCACGUGGCGUGCUGGAUGCUUUGGUGUUUCUACACAACAAAGGUGUCUCCCAUAGUCAUCUACUUGACAGUACCGUGUUCAUGGACAAUGCGGGAAAUAUACGCUGCACAGACUUCUCGCUAGUGCCCAGUUUGUUGGAGCUCAUUGGCGGCGCUGGGCAGAGCAGCACCCGCGGAGAUUUGCCUGCCUUGGGUGCACUCGUUGAGUCGCUGAUGUCAACCAACAGCUACGAGAUGCGCGACUUUGUAGACAAAUGCAAUUCUGAUCGCACGCUGUCCGCUUCGGAGUUGCUGGAGCAUCCGUUUCUGCGCCUUUACGUGGACAAUACACAGCAGCAACACAUGGCUGUGCAGCACACGCAGCAUCGCAAUUCUUUAAUGCCACAACCCACGCACGCUCAUUUGGCUGUGCAACGUGCUGUUGUGCCCUUUCAAAUUCCUUCGUUGGUUUUGAGUCAAUCUCGUUUGCGCACCGAGUUCGAGGUGCUGAUGUAUUUGGGCAAAGGUGCCUUUGGCGAUGUACUUAAAGUGCGCAACAUUCUGGACAAUCGAGAGUAUGCCAUUAAGCGCAUACCGCUGCCGGCGAGAAGUCGUCAGCUGUAUAAAAAGAUGACGCGUGAGGUGGAGUUGCUGUCGCGUCUCAAUCACGAGAAUGUUGUGCGUUAUUUCAACAGUUGGAUUGAGAGUGUUAGCGAUGCGGAUGCCGCCGAAAUGGACAAAGUUCUAGGCGGCGAUUGGUCACAAAGUCAAGAGCUGAGCACAAAGCCAGCCAAGUCGCCGCAGCUUGGAAUCGCUGUGCCGGAGGAUGAGUCCGACGAUGAGUCCUCCAGCAUGUGGAAUGGCUACAUGCCACACAUGGAGGAUUCUGAUUCGGAUGGCAUAGAGUUCGUUGACUCCGAUGGCCAAGUGGCUGUCUACACUGACGAUGAUGAAGCUGACAAUGACAAAGAGGAGAAAACCAAUUCGCCGCAUCCUCAGAUGCAGGUCAUGUACAUUCAAAUGGAGUUCUGCGAGAAGUGCACACUGCGCACUGCCAUCGAUGACAAUCUGUUUGAGAACACGGAUCGCUUGUGGCGUCUGUUUCGCGAGAUUGCCGAGGGUUUGUCGCAUAUCCAUCAACAGGGCAUGAUUCAUCGCGACUUGAAGCCUGUCAACAUUUUCCUUGACUCGCAUGAUCAAAUCAAAAUUGGUGAUUUCGGGCUGGCCACAACGAGCUUUCUAGCGCUGCAAUCGCACGCGGAAUAUCCAACACAUUCAGCGACACAGCAUGUGACGUCGACGGAAGAUAACACGGGUACUGGAAAAGUGGGCACCACACUUUAUGUGGCGCCUGAGCUGACAGGAAAUGCGUCCAAGUCCGUGUACAAUCAGAAGGUGGACAUGUACACACUGGGCAUCAUACUAUUUGAGAUGUGUCAGCCACCUUUUGACACCAGCAUGGAACGCGCACAAACCAUCAUGGCAUUGCGAACAACAUCGAUUGUUAUACCUGACAAAAUGCUGCAGGAUGCGAAGAACGAGAAGACCAUCAAGAUGCUACGUUGGCUGCUUAACCAUGAUCCCGCUCAGCGACCCACGGCUGAAGAGCUGCUUGUCUCUGAUCUGGUGCCGCCCGCUGAACUGGAAGCUAAUGAGCUGCAGGAGAUGCUACGUCAUGCUCUAGCCAAUCCUCAGAGCAAAGCCUACAAGAAUCUCGUGGCACGCUGUCUGCAGCAGGAAAGCGACGAGGUGUUGGAGCACACUUAUCAUUUGAGCAGCAGCCGUGCCAUGAAAUCCUGGAAUUCGGCAAUCGUUAUCGAUGACAUUGUAUCGCUCAAUCCGCUCAUAGAGUUUGUCAAAGGCAAGGUGGUGAAUGUGUUUCGCAAACACGGCGCCAUCGAGGUGGAUUCUCCGCUACUGUCGCCGCUCUCCUCGCGCAACUGCAGCGCCAAUGCGAAUCCGAAUGCGGUGCAUCUGAUGACGCACUCGGGUUGUGUGGUGCUGUUGCCCUGCGAUCUGCGCACACAGUUUGCUCGACAUGUCACAAUGAACGGCGUGAAUCUCAUACGUCGCUAUUGCGUCGAUCGUGUUUAUCGCGAGGAGCGAGUCUUCAACUUCCACCCGAAGCAGAAUUACGAGUGCUGCUUUGACAUCGUUACGCCGAGCACAAACAGCCAAUUGGUGGAUGCGGAACUGCUUUCGUUGGCCUUUGAGAUCACCAGCGAGUUGCCCAGGUUGAAGGAGCGCAACAUUGCCAUACGCAUGAAUCACACGAAUCUGCUGCGCGCCAUUCUCAUCUUUUGCAAUGUACCCAAGUCACAGUAUGGCACGUUGUUCGAGGGUUUCAUGGACUUUAUUGAGGGUCGCAUUUCGCGAUUCCAGUUCCAUUCGAGUAUCACGGUUAUCAUGGAGAAGUCUCGCACUUCGGCGCAAACGCUGAUGGAUAUGUUGUUGGCCAACUUUCUGCUAACCAACUCCAGAAGCAGCGUUGAUGAAUCUGCAUUAAAGUCGCUAAUGCGAGGCAAAGGAGAAGCUGCUUCACUUGCUCGCGGAGCUUUGCGGGAGCUGGAAACUGUGGUGGCAUUGGCUUUUAGUCUGGGCGUGAAGUGUCCCAUUAACAUCUGGGCCGGUCUGCCUAUAAGCUUUGAGCGCGCCAGCAACGGUGGCAUUGUCUGGCAAAUGACGGCGGACCUUAAGCCCAAUCGUUCGGGUCAUCCUUCAGUGCUGGCCAUGGGCGAACGCUACGAUGCCAUGCUGCACGAGUUCCAGAAGCAAGCGCAAAGCUUUAAUCCCGCUCUGCCCACACGUGGUGUGCUCAGCGGUGCUGGACUCUCGUUCUCGCUGGACAAACUGGUGGCAGCCGUGGGCAUGGAGUAUGCCAAGGAUUGUCGUGCUAUCGACAUAGGAAUCUGUGUAUGCGGCACUCGCACCCCGCUGAAAGAUGUCACCUACAUUAUGCGUCUGCUGUGGUCCGCUGGCAUACGUUGCGGUAUUGUGGAGACCGCCAGCGGUUGCGGCGAAGAGGCGCAGGAUUUGGCUCGACUGGGUGCCUUGCAUGUUAUCCUGGUGGCUGAGAAUGGAGCGUUGCGAGUGCGUUCCUUUGAUCGCGAUCGCUUCCAGGAACGACACGUGACGCGCCCAGAACUCGCAGAGUUUAUACAGAAGAUGAUGCGCAGUGAGGCAGCUAACGGCGGAGCUGUCGUUGACUACAGCAGUCAGAUGUCUAACAUGAGCAACAGCGGAGGCGGUGGACGUGGCGAGAAUGGACUCAGCACAUCGGGCAGCAGUGCGAAUAUAAAGAGCAGCUACGGUCAGUUGCCUAAUCUGCAGGUCAUCUUCCUCACGCACGACAAACCUACGGCCAAUUACAAGCGACGUCUGGAGAAUCAGGUGGCGCAUCAGAUGAGCUCAACGUUGGCGCAGUUCGUCAAGCAGGAGACGUUUGUGGUGCUGGUGGUGGAUUUGCCGCCAGCGGUGUUAAAUGCCAUAGUCGGUGCCAUCAAUCCGCGAGAGAUGCGCAAAAAAGAGACUGAACCCGAAAUGAAUUUUGUGAUCGAAAGAUUUCCGAAAUAUAAGCGCUAUAUAUCUGAAAUACACGAGGAAGUCGUGGAUCUACUGAGUGAUGCCAAGACACCAAUUGUGGCCUUGUACAGCAUUUCCGAUUCCUAUUAUCGUGUCAUCAUCUAGGACAGCAGACAACAACCAAUUAAAACAAUGGAUACCACUGAUGCUAAUUUAGUUCUAGUUCUAAGUCAUCCUACUUCUAGAGAAGAUUGCAAACACAGUUUUAAAAUGUUUUUUGAAAACGCGUGCCAAGACAUUUUAUAAAAAUGGCAUAAAAAAGAGAAUUAGUAAGAGUAAGAAGAGAGAGUGAUGAAUCUUCAAUUGAUUAAAACAUAUUUUACAUAGCAAAUUAUAGUUCGCAUUGUUUUCGAAUUUUUAAAGGUUUUUUAAGGCAACUCCUUUUCGAAAGAAAUGAAUCUUCACUUAUAAUAUUUUAGUACUUUGUAAUUUUGUAAGAAUUCAAAAUUGUUUUGCAAUUUUUAAAAUGUAUUUUGUUAACUAUGUUGUAAAAGUAUUUUACAUGAAACGUUUUUAAUGUACACCAAAUUUAUAACUUAAAAUAUGUAGUUGAAUGUCUAAGAACAACGUAUCAACAACAUAAACUAAACAACUGCCAGAGGAGAAGGAACAUCUCCGUCUCACGAGGAGGAAGACGAUGAUUCAUCUGCCGCUGCCGUUGCUGCCACUUUGUUGUGACUGCGCGUGAUGCCAAUCGCCGGACCCUGAAGCACUUUACGUGAGAGUCGCAUGAAACCGGAGACGGGAUCACGACCAAAGUAUUUGACUUGAAUGUCCUGUCCCACCUCCAGCCCAAGCACCGAGGGAUGUGCAAUCUUGCGCUGAUCCAGCUGCGAAUUGUGCAACAGCGCUGGAGGCAUGCUGGGAUACAGAAUGACCAUUACACCCGUGUCUCGCAGUUCUGUAAUUUUUGCAGAGUAAAUUCCACCGAAUUCCAAAUCCGGCACACGUUCCUUCUGCAUGUAGCCAUCGAUGAGUUCCUUGGCCUCAUCCAUAGCUGCCUGA